UUGCCCCGCGCCCGAGGUGGUUUGCGUUACGCUUGCAGCGCCCCCCCCCCCCCCCGGCCCAGCAACCGCCGCUCUGUGCGCUCGGAGGAAGUCGGGCUCGACGCUGCGUCUGUGACGGGACCCGAGCUGCGAGGGGCGGGGGAAGUAGCGCCAGGGAGCCCCGGCGCGGAGACGCUCCGGAACCGUCGCGCGGGGAAGGGGCGAGGGGCUGAUUCCCGUCGCUGGAGCCGCCUGAGAGGAGCCGACCCCCGCGCGCAGCGCGCAUCGCUGCCGCCGCCAUGGCUCACUCCCCGGUGCAGCCGGGCCUGCGGGAGAUGCCGAAUCUAAAAGCAGAUCCAGAAGAACUAUUUACAAAACUGGAGAAAAUUGGCAAGGGCUCUUUUGGUGAGGUUUUUAAAGGAAUUGACAAUCGGACUCAGAAAGUGGUUGCUAUAAAAAUUAUUGAUCUAGAAGAAGCGGAAGAUGAAAUAGAGGACAUCCAACAAGAAAUCACAGUGCUGAGUCAGUGUGACAGUCCUUAUGUAACCAAAUAUUAUGGAUCCUAUUUAAAGGAUACAAAAUUAUGGAUAAUAAUGGAAUACCUUGGUGGAGGCUCUGCUCUUGAUCUAUUAGAGCCUGGCUGUCUCGAUGAAAUCCAGAUUGCUACAAUAUUAAGAGAGAUACUUAAAGGACUCGAUUACUUGCAUUCAGAAAAGAAAAUCCAUAGAGAUAUUAAAGCUGCCAAUGUUUUGCUAUCUGAACAAGGAGAGGUAAAAUUAGCAGACUUUGGAGUAGCAGGACAACUAACAGAUACACAGAUAAAGAGAAAUACUUUCGUGGGAACUCCAUUCUGGAUGGCACCUGAAGUAAUAAAACAGUCAGCAUAUGACUCAAAGGCAGACAUCUGGUCAUUAGGCAUAACAGCCAUAGAACUUGCAAAAGGAAAGCCACCGCAUUCAGCGUUGCAUCCAAUGAAGGUUUUAUUCCUCAUCCCAAAGAACAAUCCACCAGCUCUGGAAGAAAACUACAGUAAACCCCUCAAAGAAUUUGUUGAGGCCUGCUUGAACAAGGAGCCAAGCUUCAGACCGACAGCAAAGGAGCUCUUGAAACACAAAUUCAUAAUACGAAAUGCAAAAAAAACAUCCUACCUGGCAGAGCUCAUUGAUAGGCACAAGAGGUGGAAGUCUGAACAGAGCCAUGACGACUCCAGCUCUGAAGAAUCGGAUGCUGAAACCGAUGGCCAGGCCACAGGUGGCCGUGAUUCAGGGGACUGGAUCUUUACAAUCAGAGAAAAAGAUCCCAAGAAUGUAGAGAAUGGAGCAGUCCAGCCACAGGCACUAGAAAGUAAUAAGGAAAAAGAUACCCCCAGGCGUCCUUUCUCUCAGUGUUUAUCUGCAAUUAUAUCUCCUUUAUUUGUAGAGUUGAAAGAGAAAAGUCAGGUAUAUGGUGACAACAUGGGUUCCAUAGAAGAACUGAGAGAAGCUAUUUAUUUAGCUGAGGAGGCUUGUCCAGGCAUUUCAGAUACCAUGGUGUCGCAGCUUGUACAGAGGCUUCAGAGAUAUUCACUAACUGGAGGAAGUACUUCGUCUCACUGAACUAUUGGUUUUGAGUUUUUCAAAAUCAACAGGCCACCCUGUGGUGUCUGCAUUGAGGAAAGUGCUCUCUAAUAUUGAUCUACCGCUCAGUAAAUGGAGUGCUCUUCAGUGAAAGGACAUUCCUGAAUGUGCAACAGCAAAAAUGAAGUCUCUCAGAUGGGGUGUUGUUUUUCAGCUCCUUAAAGCUAUAGUUUUUUUUAACCAUAAUGCACAUAUUUAAGGGAGAAGUGUCUUUUUAUGAAAUCUGCAAUGUAUAUUUACGUGUGUGAUAAGGACACUGAAGAUAUUGUGAAAUCUCAGGUAUUUUGCUUUAAGAUAACUCCUUGGCGAAAUAGAAAAACGUUCUGUUAGAUUGGUGUACAGAUUGUAUAUAGUGUCAUUUUUGUACUGAAACCCUUUAAACCUGUAUAAGGAGUCACUGUGUACAAAAUGUAAAAAAGGCCAAAUCUUCUGUAGAUAAUGUUAGUGAGGUAAAUAUUUGACAGGCCAUAACUGAGUAUUGUGUUGCCUUUAUUACAUGUAAAAUUUCAAUUAUGUGACAAGUGAUUUUGGUUUGAUUUUGUAUUUGAAGGGUUCGCCGUGGAAAAAUAGUAAAUGCCCUAUUAUGGAAACUCCUAUUUGUACCUCAGCGUAUCCAAAUUUCCUCAUUUGUCCUAUAUCCCUCUCUUUUUUACACUCUGAAGCUGGCUUUCUGAUUAUGGUACUACUUUUGGUUUAUUUAAAUUUAACACAUCUUGUCUCCUAUAAAGCUUUAAAUUGUUUGUUUUUUCCCUACAGAAUUUUUUCACAUUUACAUUUCAGUUUAAAUUGUGCCCAUGCAGAUUCUGAAUCAUAUGUAUUGUCCAGGUUUAGUAAUAUAUACUUGUUGAAGCUUAUAGUGAAAUUUAAGUAUCUUUUACAUCUAAACAUAUCUGAAUGCUUACAUAAAUACAUUUUAUAACUUACAUAUAUUUUGAAAUCUUGAAAUAUCUUACAACCUUGGCUUUCAGAGAGUGGAAAAUGUGUCAGAGAUGGCUGCUGUUUUUAAUUAUAAAAUGAAAUUGUCUUGGGGAGUAAAAGAAAAAAAUUGAAUUUAUCAAUAUAUAGAAAGGCCCAAUCCUGCAGUCCUUAAGUCUAUGCAUCUCCUAUUGAAACUGGUGGAAGUUACUGACAUCAGUAUUGCAGGAUUGGGCCGAAAAUAGUGCACGCAGUAUCCCAUACUCUCUAUAACAAAAAAGUACAUGAAUUUUGAUCAGCUGAAAUGAAAAUCUCCAGCACUGCUGUGGUCACUUCUGCAUAACUUUUUAAAGUUAUUUAUUUUUAGUGUUGCAUCCGAUGAAGUGAGCUGUAGCUCAUGAAAACUUAUGCUCAAAUAAAUUUGUUAGUCUCUAAGGUGCCACAAGUACUCCUUUUCUUUUUGCGAAUACAGACCAACACGGCUGCUAUUCUGAAAUCAGUCUCCUUGGAAAUGGUAGUUGUACGUAUUUUGUGAAGUGACAUCUCUUCAUUGUAUUUACUAUACAGUUUAGUAUAGUAUGCUUUACCAAGGGUAGAAAUUUGUUUCCUUGGUAGGCAGGAGAGAGAGAAUUUUCUCUCGUUUCAGUCCACAAAUUGAUAAUUACACAUCAGGUGUAUAUUUUUGAUGCAAUGUAAUUGCCAGAUCUCUAGAUAUCUCUUCUCACAUUAUUUUAGAACUAGAAAACAAAUGACUCUUGGAAGUGAAUGAACUUAGAUACACUAUACCUGCCAGCCUAUAGCCUAAUUUUGCCAGGGAAAGUCUGAUGCUCUCUAAGAUAAAUUGUUAAAUGAUGUGGUUCCUAUUUAAAGAAGUAAAGUGCAGUUUUUCAACCCUCUCAGCUUAAUUAUCAUUUUAAUGAUUAUGUACUAUUUUGUGUCAUCUUAAAUCUAUGAAGACAUCAUUUAAUGCACUGGAAAUGUGCAUUUGAAUCUUGUUGCAGUGAAAUGAGGAAUUUACCCUUUUCAACGCAGAAAUCAACAGAGAGUCAGUUCUGCCAUUUGAGAAUAUGUAGUGGUAGUGUUGUGGGUGGCAUAUAAAAAUAAUCUGAAAUAAAUUGAAGUUUAAGUGGAACCACUGACACCUUCCCAAUGUCAUCUGUUACUAUAAGAAUGACUUAAAAUUGAAAUGAGCUAGUUGGGAAAGAACACACUUUUAAAAUUUAGUAGGCAAAUCAGAUUUACAAGACAAUAUGGGGUUUAACUUUGAAAUUUCUGAAGCAGAAGUUAGUCAGAAAAUUGUCUGGUGUUCACUGACCUGUUCUUUUAUUUUGUUAUGAAAAACUACCCAAUUUGAGACUUAUUGAGGAUGAUUGUAACAGAUGAUGGUUGGUGAAGGUAACCUUUGAUUAAAUAACUAAACAGAUAAAGACACAGAAGGUCAAUUGGCCAAAAGCAUAAGAUUUAAA